UGUGUGUGUGUACGUGUGAAUGUUUUCGCUUUUCUGUUUGUUGUCUUUUCGCUUCUACGUUUUGGCAAACUCCGAAAAUCCAGUUUAUCCCAUGAAGGCAAAACGUGCGGACGCUUUUAACGGUUAGGCAAAAAAGAAAACAAAUCAAAGCCUUCAUUCAUCUUCAGCGGGUUAUCUCGGCGCGUUAGUGUUUCUUUUUUUUUUUGGCAAAUCGCGGUCGUGGUUCAACGCUCACCAGCUGUGGUUGGUACAUUUCAUUGUGAACCGUGUACGGUAACAUUCACACGCGGUCGGUCAAUCGGACGGACGCCUGACCCCACUAGUUGGGUCGCGAUAAAUCGCCGCGACGGUCGCGGGCACGUAAUGUCCGAUAAACAAAAAUAAAUAUAAACAAACAAACCAAAAGAAAAAACUCGUAUAUCCGUAACGUAAUCGUUCCGAACGUAUCGCAAAUAAACAAAAACAAAAAAUAAACAAACGCAAAACCGCAUGACUUAAUGCACAACAAACAAUUCACUAAAUAAUCGAAUAUUUUUGCCCGAAUGCAUAUUGAAACGAAGCAACAAAACUAUUAGAAAAUACUAAAUUGAAAAGUGCCAGAAAACAACAAAAUAAAUAAAUAAAUACAUCAACUAAUUUGUGAAUUCUUAAAAAGCAAAUUCAAAAUCGUAAAAAUCAAUUAAAACUCCCAAAUAAAUUAAAAACAUUUUAAAAACACUAAAAAAUUAGCAAAAAAUAAAGACUUCAUCAGGUGUGGUCGACAGCAAUGGUAUAAAGACAUUCGAUUCGUUAAAAUUCCUCACUAUCUCUCGUUCUUGUCGGACGCCGAAAAGUAAUACCCGUUAAAAAUGAACUUAAAAAACAUUUAACUGACAUCUGCCGCCAAGAAACUCUGAGACCCGAAAACGCCUUUCAGAGAAAAUGACAGAUAAAAUGGAUUCUGUGACACGUCCGGAAAAACCACAGACUUUAGAUGGCAUACAAUCUAGAAAUUCCCUCGGUGAUGGCAAUUCAUCGGCAAUUUGCUCCGAUGUCAUUGUAAGUCACAAACGGUCGCGUUCGCGUAAUAACAUCGACACGGAGUCUCGUUCGCCGCGUGAUCAUUCAUCGGACGGUGUCAUGAGUACAGGGGCUGUAGGUGGUGCAAAUGAAUUUGAGAAUAACGGUGAAAAUACUCCACGUCGUGAAAGCCUUAACUACGACGAAACAAGUCCGAACAGUCAAAACUCAUUGGCCAAGUCAAUAAUGGGUCGAUCAAUGCGCCUGCCAUGCAGUGUUGGCGCAACGACACGUAAAUGUGUCUUGACUUUAGACGGAUAUUCAUACGUAAUUGUUGCCAGUACACCAGAAAAUAUACCGAAACGGGAGGAUUCAUCUUGCUCGAGCGGUGUUGGAAGUGGUAACAUUAAUAGCGGUGGCGUUGGUUGUUCCUUGCAAACUGGUAGUGCGUCCAGCAAUCCAUCCGAUUGUAGUUCCAGUACACAAGCAAUACCAGGUGGUUCUGCCGGAGGUAGUACAACAACUUGUGGCAAUAACAAUACUCAAGAUUUCUCCAAGAUCACAAGUCCUCCCAGUGCUGAUGGCCAAUCGGAAAGUGUAAAUUUCUCCAUUACAAAUAACAGCAUUGUCUCUUCAAUCAAUGGUCAAGUUGCAAGACACGGGGCUCUCACUAUAGUUCGCCGUUCGAAUAGCCGCAAAAGUUUUACUCAACUUGAAUCACAGCAUUUAUAUCAACAACAACUCUCGUCUACUCCAACUUCAUCGUCGUCUGCCAGAGGCUCGUUUCUAGCAGAUGAAUCUGUAGGAAAACAUCCCGCCAAUACUGCAACCGCACCCCAGCACGACAAUCGCCUCAACGAAUCGUCGUCGUCUAGCUUUACCCAACAACAAACCUAUUCCUCAGCACAAGCCACCUUAACACACAACGCUCAACUAUUCCAGACUACAACACAACAAUCAUCUCCCUCAGCAAAAAUGUUACCCACAUCACCGAACACGAGCAAUAUAGCACCCAUGCCACCUACAGCCACCGACACUAUCCCGGAUGAAAAUGUUUCCGAAUCGAAUAUGUCCACGGAUGAAACUACGUCGGCACUCGGGUCGGCCAAAGCCAAUCUCGAUUUGGCCACAGAAAAUUUACCAGCUGUCGAUACACCAGAUGCCUGUGACAAGGCUGCACUGAGAUUACGCUAUCUUCUGCGUAUGCUCAGCACCGGCGAAAUAUCUGCCGAUGUUCUGCAAAAGAAUCUGCAUUAUGCAGCUCGGGUCCUGGAAGCCGUUUUCAUCGACGAGUCCAAAAGUCCCACGUCAGGUAAAUCCAAAAUGAGGCAAAAUUCCAGUGCAUCGAUUGAAUGCGAAGAAGAAGAUCCUAAAACCGGGCGAUGUAAUGGCAACUGCAAAAAUGUUGAAUGCCAAGAGCAUCAGCAUACGCACAAUCAACAACACACAUCUUCCAGGACAGCGGGAGGCGAAACGACGGCGGUGGCAUCCAGUGAUAACAACAAUACCGAUCAGAGUCAAUGCUCUCUGAGAACAGAGGAACCGGGAAGAACGCCUGCAUCCGGUGACGAUGAAUCUAACAAUCAAAUUAGCAUAGACAGUCGGACAAAGGGAGCAUGUCUGGCACCACAAACGCAUAGCGGGCCAACAGGUCCGCCGGCCACCGAUGCACAGCAGCCAAGAGAUGCCGAAGAGAACAAGUCCACAUCCACCGCCGCCCCAACAGCCAAUCCUCAGAAUAACAGUACUGUUAGCAGUAGCAGUUGUAGUAACAAAGCAACCAUUCAAAGGCAAAAACGUCUGAGAACACCGGUCUGGGCGAGAUCCAUGUCGACAAACAAAACACGCCUCGCCGAUGAAGACGAUGAACUGUCCGAAGUGCAGCCGGAUGCUGUCCCGCCAGAGGUGCGGGAAUGGUUGGCAUCCACAUUUACGCGGCAGUUGGCUACCACGCGUAAGAAAACCGAUGAGAAACCCAAGUUUCGUUCAGUGGCACAUGCCAUACGGGCUGGUAUUUUUGUGGACCGCAUUUAUCGACGAGUUUCAAGUACUGCGCUUAUGACUUUUCCUCCAGAGGUGGUCAAAGUGCUGAAGACAUUGGACGACUGGUGUUUUGAUGUAUUCGCUUUGGCAGAGGCUGCCAAUGGCCAACCUGUCAAAUACAUUGGCUAUGACUUGCUCAACCGAUACGGCAUAAUUCACAAGUUCAAAAUUGCACCCGCUACCCUGGAAAUAUUUUUAAAUCGAAUCGAGGAGGGCUACUGCCGCUAUCGCAAUCCAUAUCACAAUAACUUGCACGCGGCAGAUGUCACCCAAACGGUCCACCACAUGCUGUGCCAAACGGGCCUAAUGAACUGGCUAACAGAUCUCGAAAUAUUUGCCACCCUGUUGGCGGCUCUCAUCCAUGACUACGAACACACAGGAACGACCAACAAUUUCCACGUGAUGUCCGGCUCGGAGACCGCCUUGUUGUACAAUGACCGCGCGGUCUUGGAAAAUCAUCACAUAAGCGCCGCGUUUCGUUUGCUAAAAGAUGAUGACUGCAAUGUGCUUUCGAAUUUAUCACGAGAGGAGUACCGCGAACUGAGAACACUCGUCAUCGACAUGGUGCUAUCCACCGACAUGUCCUUCCACUUUCAGCAACUGAAAAACAUGAAAAAUCUACUCACACUCAAUGAGGCUACUGUUGAUAAGUCUAAGGCUUUGGCCCUGGUCCUCCACUGUUGUGACAUUUCGCAUCCUGCCAAACGUUGGAAUCUCCAUCAUCGCUGGACGAUGUUGUUGCUGGAGGAAUUCUUCCGCCAGGGUGAUCUUGAAAGGGAAUUGGGCCUGCCAUUCAGCCCCUUGUGCGAUCGUAAUAACACUUUGGUGGCCGAAUCACAGAUUGGUUUUAUCGAUUUCAUUGUGGAUCCUAGUAUGUCUGUCAUGGCGGAUAUGUUGGAGCAUGUUUUGGCACCAAUAGCUCCGAUGUGCAAGAACGUCAAUGCAAGUAUAGAUGCCGGCGAUGUGCCCGUUGACGGACCCACAUCAACGGGUAGUACGAGUCGAAGUAAUUUGAAAAAUCGUCCAACCUGCGAAGCAAUAACCGAAGACAAUGAGAAUAAAUCUUCCGAAGAUGCUAACAACUCCACACAGCCAGUGGCAACGCAAAGUAAGGGAGUUGUCAGCGGUGGCGGAUCGAGUUCAUCAGCUGCAACUGCAUUUAAACAUAAAUUUACGAUUCGUAAACCCUGGGUUGCGUGUCUAACUGACAAUAAGAAAAUAUGGAAGGAACAAGCCAUUAAAGAUGCAGAAGCCAGAGCAGCUGCAGCCGCAUUAGAAGAAUCUGAUAAAAAAUCUGAGGACUAAAAACCGGAUCAUAGACAAACUUAAAGAAACAUGAUAACCGAUACGUCCAUCGUAUGAACUUUGAAGUUUAAGCAAAAAUACAUUUGGAUGAAAGCUCAAAUAUAUUAUUAAAAUACAAAUUAAGUAAUACUAAGUAAUACUAAAUUCUACAACUUACUAAAAGGACCCUGAAAAGAAAGCCAUAAGAACAGCAAGUUAUUCAACCUAAUUUUACAAAAUUGCUAUAAGAACUAACUAUUAAUACAUUCACAAAGAUAAGUAACCCAAACAAAAUAAAAAUACAUACAUAUAUAUUUUAAAAAGAUAAACUUAUUUACAAAAAAAAAAAAACGUCAAACAAAAACACCACAUGAUUACGCUUGAAUUAAAUAAAAAAUAUAUUUAAACAUGUGUAUGUAUUUACCUGUGUAUGUUAUUUUUUGGAAACAAAGAAUUUUGUAAAUAUUACAUAAAAGAAAAAUAUAUAUGUACGUGUAUGUACACAUAUUAUAAACAUUAGAAUAUACCGCAGAAAUAAUUAUUCGCAGUUAUAUCAAAGUAAUCCUAAGUUGAGAUAAUCAAUUUUUGUUAAGAUUUAUAUCAAAUUUUAUUCUGCUAUGUCUGUUACAGUGAGGUAAACAUAAGUUUUUUGUUGGUACAAUUUUUUUGUUAUUAUAUAAACAUUAAAAUAAAUUUAGGUCAAAAUUGUUAAUAUUUUUGAUUUGUUUAGAGUUAUUAUUUAUUUUUUACGUGUUAUUGUAUGGAAUAAUAUGUUACACGUUUUUCUUUAUAUCUCAAAGAUUUGUGAAGCACUCCUAAAUGUUACACUGGAAAGGGACAACAUCUUUUGGUUGGUACUAAAGGCAAACUCUACAGUUAUACCCAUGGUACAAUAACUAAUGGUAGAAUAAAACUACCUUUAAAAUAUCACUUUUUUGUGCCCAUAUUUUGUCAAAACACACACACCACGUGUAUAUGUGUUCAUUGUUUUGAAUAAAAGGGGAAGCAAUUAAAAUGUUGUUCAAAUUUAAAUGUGGAAUAAAUUAACCAAUUUUUGGAAAAACAAUAUUGCCUUUCUAUUGUGGAUUUAAAUGUGUGGUAUAAGUCCUACCAUGGUGUUGUUGUUGUACAACAAUUUGAAACAAGAAAAAAAUGUUGGUUGUAAAUAAUAUUUACUAAUAUCAUUUGGAAAUUACGUUCACCAAAUACUGAGUCCCAUAACCAAGACCACAAAUUAAAUAUUCCUGUGCAUUAAGGGCAAGACUCAUUCAGAAAACGUAUUUUUUAAAUUAUAUUACUUUCAACAAAACGUCAGCACAUGCAGUUAUCUAUUAAUUAUACCAUAAACCCCAAUAUGUCACACAGGUUUUGUGUUUUUCUCAAUUUAAGAAAUGUGAGAAAAAAAUUAAUAUAAACAAAUCAAUUGUUGCAUGUUUUAAAAGCAUAUUUGACGAAAUAAGACUUUAGAACCAAAUGUAAUCUUGUGGUUCUUCUAGGUUCAACAUUCAUUCUGGUUGUUCGAGGCUAAUAACCUCUUCCUAGCAGAAUCAAUUAUUCGCAACAACUUUUUUUAAUGUAACGUUUUUAUAAAUACUUGAACCAGACCAAAAAAGCAAGAUUUCAAAAUUACGAUUGAACAGGAACACUUUUCACAUUAUUUAUACAUAUUCUGCAAAGAAUAAAUUAAAAGCUAAAUACUUUGAAAAUUGUUGUAUUUAUUUAAUAAAAAAUGAAUAGGUACACCAUAGUACAAUAAUUAAAAGGUAGGUCAGAUAAAUCACUUAAAUUCAAAAAUUUCUUAUGAUAAUCAAAUUUAAUCGCCCUGUCCUAACUUGUAAUGAAUGUUUCAUGGAUACCCACAAGGUACAAUAAAAAGGAAUUGAAUGACUAUCUGCUGAUUACAAUUUUUGGUGAGCGUGCCCAACGUGUGACAUUUUUUUUUAACUUGUGUUGAUAAUAAAAUACUUACAAUUUCAAUUUAAAAAUGUUAGCUGAAUUUUUUCGGCUGAAUUUUUUCGGCAUUUCAGAAUCUUUUUUUACUGAAGUAGGGAUCGAAAAAGUAAAUGUUUCAUCGUAGUAAGAACAAAAUAAAAACAUAUUACCCCGACUUUCACAUAUUUAAAAAGUUUAGUUUGCAUUUUAUAUUCAAGACCGAAAAAUUUUCGAGCUUAACAUUUGGAUGCACAAUGAAUAUAUUUUUAUGAAUUAAAUGUUUUUUUUUUUAAUAAAUUCAGUUGGGAUACCUUUGUCUUUUUCUUAAAUGAUAUGAAAUUUAACAUUAAUGAAUUUUGUUCCAAAGCAACUAAUUUUUUUAUUUUUUAUUGUAUAUUUUAGUCGUUUUCGUUUUUUUUAUUAAAAGAUUCGCCAUACAUAGCAUUUGAAAAUGCUUACAGCGUCCAAUAAAACAAUAUCACAAGGUUUUAAAAUAACUCCUUUUUAAAUGCAAUUUAAUUUAAUAUAUUUAUAAGAAGAAGCAAACAAUAACAUGUGAUCCUUUGACUUGUAUUUAUAAGAAGAAGAAGCAAACAAUAACAUGUUAUCCUUUGGCUUGCAAAAUAAUGAUUUCUGUGCGUAUAAUAUGUGUAAAAUAUAUUAACCCAAGCACACUGUGUAUAAAGCAAGAAAGGAAAACAAAACAACAAUAAAUUGACAUAUACAUGCCUAACUAUUAAAACAUACACUGAAAGUGAUUUCCACAAUGAAAAUGUACCUAAAAACUGAUUGUCUUUAUUCUAUUCUACAACAAUUGUAAAUAAGUUUGACUGUCUUUGCCUCUAUCUAUGCUAAACUUGGAUUAUUUUUCUGUUUUUUUUUUUUUUUUUUUAAUAAAGAACAAUUUUAUUUGUUAUUGCAAAUUUCCCCUUCUCGAAUCUUAACUAUUUAAUUAGGAAACUGAAAAGAACAAAAAUACAAUACUACAUGCUAAGAAAACUAUUUAUUAUAUAGCCUAUAACUCUAUUUACUAUUACAAAAUGGAAUGAAUGAAAGAAUGAAAGAAAAAUCGAGGAUUGUUAUUUAUUUUUAUACAAUUUUUGAAUCAGAUUUAUAGGUUGGUUGGUCGUAUGAAUGAAUGUGUCGAAGAAUGAAUUUUUUGUUACAAACUGGUUAUGUUGAUCCUUUGGUUUUUACAGUUAUCAACUCAAUUGAGAAUACACACAAAGUGUUUAGAAAUAAAAACGUUUUUUAAAAUGUCUGAUAGCGGGACCAGUCUUUUAAGGUUUACCAUUGCUCUGAACAAUCUAUCUAAACUUUAUUUCUGUUAAAUUGACCAUUCUUUUCAGUAUAUUGGAGUAGGAACGUAUUUCGCAGGCCGAAAACGCCACAAACAUUUAUGUAGUAAACAUUAAAUAAAAUUAGACAAACUCACAUUUUACGAUCAAAUAGAAAGAAUAUAAUAGGAGUAAAACAAACAUUGGAAUAAUGUUUAUUUAUUUCCUAAUGUUUUUCGAACCCACAUUCAGUUUCAAUCAGAGCAAUGGUAAAUAUACUUAGCAGUAAGGUACCAUAAUAUCAGCUGAAAUUGGGAUCAUAGCUUUAUUAAGGUAGUAAAAACAAAUGAAAUACACACUCGAUUUAAACUAUAUUUAAAAAAUAAUACAUACAUAUAUGUAUUGCAAAACAUUACCAACAACACAGCAUCAAAUAUAACUAAUAUAAAACAAAUAUCUACUACAAUUUAUUUUAAAAAGAAGAAAAACAAAACAAACAACAACACUGCACGUAACAUCCUACUGAACAAUGGAUGGACAGAACUAUAUUGGAUAUAUUAAUACAAUAAUAGCAAAACCAUCAACAAAUAAUAUUGGUUUUACAAGCAAACAAAAACAAAACAGAACAUUGACGACCCAUGAGAUAUGCAAAUGGUUAAAGAUUAUUUAAAUUGAAAACACAAGAUUCCUGUAUACUCUUGUUUGUCGAUAUUUUCAAUUGACGUAUAUAAAUACUUAAAGUAACAAUUUUCGUGAAAAACAUUCCCGAUUGUCCAAGAUCCCAGAGGAUGCUAUAUGAUGAGAAAGAAAUCUUUUAUAAGUCCUGCAAGGCUUAAUAUUU